AUGAAAACCGUUCAAGUUAUUCUGUGUCUUUUCGUGGCGUCUUUGUAUGCCAACGGAACCUCAGUCUCAGACUCCAAGCUCGAAGACGAGAUUUACAACAGCAUCCUCGUUGCCGAUUACGACAAUGCCGUUGAAAAAAGCAAACAGACCUACGAGGACAAGAAGUGCGAAGUCAUCACAAAUGUCGUAAACAAACUGAUACGAAACAACAAGAUGAACUGCAUGGAGUACGCCUACCAGCUCUGGAUGCAAGGCUCCAAAGAUAUCGUCCGGGAGUGCUUCCCUGUUGAGUUCAGACUUAUAUUCGCAGAAAACAACAUUAAGCUGAUGUACAAGCGCGACGGUCUCGCUUUGGCGUUGGACGAUGAGAACAGCAACGAUGGCAGACUUGCCUACGGCGAUGGCAAGGACAAGACGAGUCCAAAAGUCAGCUGGAAGUUCGUUCCUCUGUGGGAGAACAACAAGGUCUACUUCAAGAUUGUGAACACUCAGCGUAAUCAGUAUUUGACGUUGUCAUUUAAAACAACCCCGACCCAAAACCACAUGGCUUACGGGGUCAACAGCGUCGAAGGUUUUAAGGCCCAAUGGACCCUGCAGCCCGCUAAGUACGACAACGACGUUUUGUUCUUCAUGUACAAUCGCGAAUACAACGAGGCGUUGGUGCUCUCUAGGCCAACCGACACCUGGGGUAACCGCAUGGCGUUCGGACGCAGUGGCCGCGUGGUCGGAAGUCCCGAGCAGUACGCUUGGGGUAUAAAGGCUUUCUAAGUACUGAUUUCAUCGUUCACUAGA